CGGGCUCGAGGAGCAGAGAGUCGACAGCGUCGGUCCGGGUGUGUGUGUGUGUGUGUGUGAGAGAGAGAGUGUGUAUUCCACCGUGUGUGAAGGUCGGUGUCUGGAUGGACGGUUAACCGCGCAGAGAAAUCGCGGAGAAGAGGCAGCAAGAUGAAAUACAAAAACCUGAUGGCCAAAGCAUUGUACGACAACGUGCCGGAAUCCCCCGAGGAGCUGGCCUUCCGCAAAGGGGACAUCCUGACCGUCAUUGAGCAGAACACCGGAGGCCUGGAAGGCUGGUGGCUGUGCUCCCUGCACGGCCGCCAGGGCAUCGCCCCUGGCAACCGGCUGAAGCUGCUGAUCGGACCCAUGUUUGACCCUCAGUCGCCGGCCGCCGCCGCUGCUGCCCAGUCGCCUCAGGGCUAUCAGCAGAAUCCUGGCGCAGGGUCUCAGGGGGUCUACCAGGUGCCCCCAUCUCUCCAGAGUCCACAACAGCAGAGCCAGCAGGGCAUAUACCAGGUUCCUCCCGGACAAGAUGUCUACCAAGUCCCACCGAGGAGUUCUCUCGCCGCUGAAAACACACCGAGCAAGGUGGUGACCCCGACCCGAGUGGGACAGUCCUACACUUAUAGCCCAGGCCAACACAACCAGCAGGACCUCUAUGACGUCCCACCCAGCAGACCUCAGGGGGUGUACGAUAUCCCGCCUGGUCAGAUGUUCUCUGGUCAGCACGCCGCCGCCAGAAACCAGGGAGUCUACGACGUUCCCCCCUCUCAAGUGGACCACAGGACGCAAGGCGUUUACGACAUACCUUCCUCUUCAGAAGGGGUGUACUCGGUGCCUCCCUGCAGGACCAACCCCGCGCUGCAGGAGGGAAACUACGACUUCCCACAGCCUCUCAAACACAAGCAGGAGGGCAUCUACGACGUGCCGCCACCCGCCCUCACCAAGCCAGCACAGAGCCCCCAGUCCCACUAUGACUUCCCCCCCAAUGUGGAGCCCGCUGCCCAUCAGCAACACCUGAACACCAACGGCAAUGAAGGCAUCUACGACGUGCCUCCGUCCGCCCUUCAUUCAGGGGCGGGGUCUCAGAAGGACAUAUACGACUUCCCCCGGUGCAAGCAGCCGUCCCAGCACAAAACUUCACCCACUGACAGAGACGGAAGCAAAGGCAUCUACGACAUCCCCGGUCAGGAUGCUCGGGCGGUCGGAGACGUGACGGACGGCGUGAACCGCCUGUCGAUCUCCAGCACCGGCAGCACGCGCAGCAGCAUGUCCACCUCCUCGUCCUCCACGGGCUCCAGCUCGGAGGGCCGCCUCGCUCUGGAUGUGGACGCUGCCGUCCAGAGGUUGUACCGCCUGCAGCAGGCCGUGGAGGCUUCAGUCUGGGCUUUGCAUUCAAUGGCAGCGUCCCCUCACUGGAGGACUUUUCCCUUCAUGGAGCGCCACGCCAACGACGUCCGCACAGUGCUGGACAGGGUCCGGGCUGCUCUGGGGGACUUCAUUGUGUUUGGUCGGGGGGCGGCAGCGAACGCCACGUCCCUGUCAGACUCCAGCCUGCACAGUAAGCUGAGGCGGCAGCUGGGACGCCUCGAGGACUCGCAGCAGAUCCUCCUGCAGAUCUAUCAAGUCCUGGAGAGCUGCAGCUGGGCCCUGAACACGCUGGCCGCCUCCGGAAAGCACCACAACAAGAGCGACGACCUGGACCGCUUCGUCAUGGUCUCCAGGACCGUCCCCGACGACGCCAAGCAGCUGGCCUCCACAGUAGGCAGCAAUGCUGAGCUGCUGUUCAGGCAGACGCAGGCGGACGGGCCUUUCUCCAACGGGAGCACACCCGACGAGAACAUGAGCCGGCCGCUCACCUCUCCCUCCUCAGAUAUCGACAACUACGGGGAGCAGACCAAGCCCUUCCCUGUUCCCUCCAGCCAGGACAAGGACAACAUGAACAACAGCGAGAAGUGUGUGAAAAGCUGGAUGGAGGACUACGAUUACGUACACCUGCAGGGCAAAGAAGACUUUGAACGCCAGCAGAAGGAGCUGUUGGAGAAAGAAAACAUCAUCAAGCAGAGUCAAGUUCAGCUCGGCCAAGAACAAAUCAAUCAAUUUAAGAAGCUUGAGCAGGACGUGAUCAAACCCGUGGAGAACGACAUCACACAGUGGACGUCCAACCAGCACCUGGCGGUGACCUCGGCCUCCCCCUCGGACUCGCCCUCCGCCCCGCCCCCCUCCGCCCCCGUGUGCGCCCGGGACCGCCAGCUGCUCGGCUUCUACUCGGAGCAGUGCGAGCAGCACUUCGUCACGCUCCUCAGCGCCGUCGACGCCUUCUUCGGCUGCGUCAGCGCCGGGCAGCCUCCGCGCAUCUUCGUGGCGCACAGCAAGUUCGUCAUCCUCAGCGCCCACAAACUGGUCUUCAUCGGAGACACCCUGUCCAGGCAGGCCUCGGUCCCCGAGGUCGCGAACAGGGUGAUGAACUCCAGCAACGUGCUGUGUGACUUGUUAAAGACGGUGGUGGCUGCGACCAAAACGGCCGCCCUGAACUACCCCAACACAGCCGCCAUCCAGGAGAUGGUGGACAGGGUCACUGACCUCUCGCACCACUCACAGCAGUUCAAAGAACAGUUGCUGCAAUUGGCCAAUCUGUGAUUUUCAACCGUGUUGCUUCUGUACAUGUCACCACAGACUCCGUGUGUACAUUAAUUUACCACAAAUAUAAAUAUAUAUUUACAUCAUGCAUAUAUAUACAUAUAUAUAUGUAUAUAUAUAUAUAUGCUCUUCAUCUUUCAGCCUGUUUUGGAUGUUGUAAAUAGUCUGUUCUGUAAAUAUUUGCUCUAUUUUUGUGUAGAUUGUUUUAUAUUAUGAAUAUAUUUAGAUUGAGUAUCGGUGUCUUUGUAGGAUAUGUGGACAUUUUUCAUAACAUUCCUGUUGCAUAUUAUGAAGCACCUUAUGAGAUGUCCCGUUUGUUUGAUUGUAUGUGUUUUUUUCCAUAUACACCUGUAAAAUGUCGUCGAUGUGUUGUUGUUACUGCUGGGUGUGACCGUAAAUCUCCCUGUAAUUCACGUUAGUGUCGAUGUGUGUGGAGAGCUCCACAAAGUAAAAGAUUGUUCCUAA